CGUUUGAAUCAGAAAAGGUCAAUCCGAACUCGACCGCACUGUUAUCCUACGGCUGGCAUCAAAGACGAUUUUCUGAACGAUUUAUGGCUUUUAAAUCCAUUUUUACUCAUAAAUAAACAACUACAAGUUGCACAUAGUCCCCAUGGAUGAAGUAUUCUCUGCGAAUGAAGUUGCAGCUGUGGCUGGGUAUGGAAAGAAUAUGGAACAGAAUCCAAAAAUAAAGGUUGAAAUAGGUCAGUGCAAUGAUGAAGAAAGUAAUGGUGAUGAAACGCUUUUAAUAUCAGAAGAAAUAGUAUUUUUUGCUGAUGAAAUACACAAUGGCGACAAAGACGAAAACAUUAGUGAUUUCCCCGAAAUAAAUGAAGAAAAUGAUAGGUUGGAAUGCAACAUUAAAUACGAAUGUGAAAAUUGCGGGAAGAUUUUUGAUCUAACUACAUUAAAAACACAUUUGGGGAUACCAUCAGAAGAUAAACCAUUUGAAGGUGAAGAGAAUCUAGAUUGCAGAAGCAUAUUUGAAAACCAUUUGAGAAUACAUACAAGAGAGUCACCAUAUGAAUGUGAACAUUGUGGAAAGAUGUUUAAAGAGUGUAGCAGUUUGAAAGAACAUUCUAUGAUGCAUACAGUAAAGACACUAUAUGAGUGUGAGCAUUGCCAGAAGGUGUUUAAAACCAGAGGCAGUUUAAAAAAGCAUUUGAGGAUACAUACAGGAGAGGACCCAUACGAAUGUGAACAUUGUGGGAAAAAGUUUAACAGUAAAAAUUUUAGAAGACACUUGAGGAUACACACGGGUGAGACACCAUAUGAAUGUGAACAUUGUGGAAAAAAGUUUAACCAGAGAAGCAUUUUGAAAAUACAUUUGAGGAUACAUACUGGAGAAAAACCGUACGAAUGCCAGCAUUGCGGAAAGAAGUUCAAUCAGAGUAGCAUGAUGAAAACACAUUUGCGAAUACAUACAGGAGAGAUGCCAUACGAAUGUGAAAUUUGCGGGAAGAAGUUUAAUCAAAAUAGCAACUUGAAAACUCAUUUAAGCGUCCAUACGGGAGAGACUCCGUACGAAUGUGAAAUUUGUGGAAAGAAGGUUACUCGAAAGAGCACUCUGAAAAAGCAUUUGAGGACGCAUACGGGAGAAAAACCGUAUGAAUGUGAACGUUGCGGAGAGAAGUUUAAAGACAGUAGCAACUUAAAAACACAUUUCAGGGUACAUACGGGUGAAACACCAUACGAAUGCGAUCACUGCGGAAAGAAGUUUAAUAGGAGCAACACUUUGAAACGGCAUUUGAGAGUACAUACAGAAGAGACUCCAUACGAAUGUGAACAUUGCGGAAAGAAGUUUAAAAACAGCUGUAAUUUGAAAACGCAUAUAAGAAUACAUACAGGAGAGACGCCGUAUCAAUGUCAACAUUGCGGAAAGAGGUUUAAAAGAAGCAGCACUUUAAAAAGACAUUUGAAGAUACAUACAGUAGACACACCAUAUGAAUAUGAAAAUUUUGGAAAUAAAUUUAAUCAAAGUAGCAUUUUGAGAAUGAUGUUACAAUCAGGAGCCACUCCAUCAGAAUAAUUUUUAGAAAUGUGUCCACAUUUUGAUGGUAUAUAUUGGAGACUUUGAAUCCAUUGAGGAAAGAAGUUGUGGGGAUGGGGUGGUGCAGCCAGCCUGGGGCCCUUUUUUGAAAAUUACAGUAUAUUGAAAAUGAAGAAAAACAAAAGAAAAUUAUAUUCAAAUUCAAGUCUUAAGAGCGCCAUUUCUAGCCGUCUAGAGUAUUCAUACCGUACCAUAUUCAUACAACUUCGUCCACCACUCUGCCAAUGGAGACACCAUACACCAUGAUUGUGGAAGUUUCUGUAGUACAUAAUUAGUAUUUCUUGUUGCUCUUCUUUAAUCAUUCACUUAUGUGAUGAAAUGAGUUUUGACCAUUGGUGAGUGCUGUCAUUAUAAAUUCAGUAUACAUGAUAAUAGAAAAAUGCUUUUUGAAUGUGAACAUUACGAUUUUUUAAAAUGUAACUUAUGAAUAUAUGUGUAUAAUUGUACAUACUAGAAAUUGCAAAUUGCAAGAGAAGUGCUGCGAAGUACUACUGCAUAUAAAUGUUCUUCGAACAAAAUUAUUUA